AUGAAGCCAGCAAAACCUCGUCCACCUCCAACGCUGUCACAGCGGGUGCAGGACACCGCGGAGCGCCUGUCGACGCUGGCAAAGGCGGAAAUCUACCAGGUUCUCGAGGGCACCGCGCCCGCUGGCGACUUUUCUUCAUUUUACCGCCUGGAUCCGCUUAUCAACGACAUUGUGUUGCAGUUGAUUGACAACUUCAAACAGGCCGUCACGAAACGACUUCUGCCUGAGGCUUGUAAGCUGCUGGGGUCGCGGCCUGCAGCUCUCGCAACCCCAGACCCCUGGACAGGAGGCGAGGCGCCGCAGCCACAAAGUCCCGGCGCGCUUCCUACCAGCGUUAAACAACAUACUCAUCUUGAAAAUGACAUUCUCGCGCUCGGACUCUCGCCAGGAACCGGGCAGCCACUGCGACCAGAUCAAGGGCCGCCGCAGGACGCAGCCUCUGCCGCGGCCUCGUCCCUGCUCCAAGGUACGACAGUAUCAGCAUCAGGCUCCACGCCCCAGCCCCCAAGCCUAUCCACUCCCCCAUCUGCAAGCGCAAGCAGUGGCGGCGGUAGCGGCGCUUCCGCUGCACUUCACCCUCAGGAGUCGCGCUUUGCCUUUGCUAACGCCGGCGGAGGCGACUCGCGCCGUACGGCUACUCUUCAGUCCCCGCUGAGCCGCGACGGUGCCUACGCUGCUGGCGGAGGCGGCGGAGGCGGCGCCGCCACGGACCUAGGUCAGGCGGCAGAUCCGCUGUUGUUUCUCGGCCUGGGGGACAGUGGGACGCCGCUGGGCUUUAGCAGCGGCGGCGACGCCGCCGCCGCCGCAGCUAACGGCCUCGCGAUUGCUGUGGACAGCUUCCUAUUGGGUUCCAGUUUGGCUGGGAGCAUUGGCAGCGGCGCCGGUGGCGGCAGCAGCGGGGGUGGCGGCAGGGUCACUCCUGGCGGCGGUACCUUCACUCCAGUCACAUCGCCGUCGCCCAACUCCGUCAGCCGCCAGUACGGCACUCUCUCCUUGGGUGGCGUCGGCGUCGGCGGCUCCGCUGCCGCCGCGGCCAUACGCAGCGCUUCGUCGGCGGCAUCGUCGCCAUCACCCAACCCCUCCACGCCGUCGCCGUACCCUGCCCUGCCGCUGGCAAUUCGCCCGGGUUCGUCUUUGGAUCCUGGGCUAGCGACGCCGCCGCUGUCGCUCGCGGGUACGGAACCGCUUCGCGGCCCCUCGCACGGCCUGCAACUUCAUCUCCCACAAGCCGCGUACGACAAUCGUAACCCGACUGGCAGUUAUGCUAUGCAGAAUGUAAUCGAGAUGCCGUACGACGUACAAUUGCUGUACGGGAACAGUGGUGCGGGUGUCAUGGAUUUGCACCAAGCAGGCGGCUUUGGAGCCAUGGGCGGCGGCGGCGGGCCCACCUCGCAGGAGUACGGCACGUACGGGCUGGCGCCUCUGACAGCUGCCGCCGCUGCCGGCAUGGUCGAUUUGAUGCGGGCUGGAAGUUCGGGUGGCACUGCCAGUACGACGGUUGGGACGCUUCAGCCUAGCGGCAUCGUUAGCAGUACGGCAGGCGGCUUUGGCGGCAACGCCGUUGGGCCCGGCGGAAUUGGCCGUGCCGCCGGCGGCUCUCCGACGAUGGUGCUGGCGGCAGGGGCACCUGGUACGGCAGCGUCCCGUCCUAGCCGCAGCGGCAACGCCAGCGCUGCCUCCAUGCAAGACAGUCGAUUGGGCAGCUUUUCGACGGGCCCUUUGACCGCCGCCCAGCCGACAGCGGCGCCGCCGCCGCGCCGCGGCAGCGGCAACGGCGGCGCUGGUAUAGCAGCCGUACAGUCGCCCUUCAUCCCGCAGCGGCCGUCGCCGCCUGCGUCGGAUGCCUCAGGACCGUCUUCUUCCACUGCAUCAGCCUCCACGGCCGGCGCGGCUGCCGCCGCCGCCGCCGCCGUCGGUACGGCAAAGGGCGGCGGCGGCUCCGCCACUAUCGCUGCCGGGGACAGCGCCUCUUCGCUUUCCAUGGCUGCUAAAUUGCAGCAGGUCCGUAUCUACGCACUCGCAAGGGACAACCACGUGGUGUUGCUCAAGGAUUUUGACGAGAAAGUGCUCACCAAGAUGACGUUGCUGGUUGAGAAGUUCGGUGCAGCCGAGUGCUUGGCGAUGUUGGAUCGUAUCGAGGAGGUCCUCAAAGGCAAAGCUGGUCGACUCGCUAACGGACCCGGGUACUUGGACGUGUCAGUUUCCACUCGGUUGGACGAGCUGAAGCAGCGGGCCAGCGGUCAAGUCACUGCACCUGAGGACUAUGCACGCUCCACCCUCCACUCGCGAAUCUACGCCGAGCUCCGAGACUUAAUCAGUCGGCACGGCUUUCUGCAGUGGCACCAUUUUGACCAGGGCAUCAUCAACAUGCUCAAGAAGAUGCCCAACGCCACCGCUCUAGAGCGACUUAACGAGCUCGCGUACCACUCCUUCAAGAACGUGGACAACCCGAAGUCUUGCAUCGUCUCCAUCUUCACUACCAAGCCAAAAUACAUUGCCACCUAA